UUGACCCUCAAAAUGCUUGUGUACCCGAUUUUCGUGGUUAUUAUUUUACUACAAAAUAGUUUGAGUUUUCCGAUGAAUGACACACAAACUGCCUCCUUAUCUGACGAAUUGGUUUAUCAGAAAUGGAUGAAUAUGGAUAAGACGUUGAAGGGUUUCGUCAGUUCCGGACUGAAAAAGGUGUUACCCGUGAUGUAUGAUUUUUCUAACAGGGUUAAUCUGUCUUCAACCUGCGUCAAACAAGGAUUAAGACUUCUCGGUGGUAUCAAACGAUUGGAUACCUGGGCCCUUUCUUUUAUUGAUGCCAGUGGGAAAAGUAUUGAUGGCUUGUUGAGUUCGACAAUAGCUUCUUUCGGAGACUUCGAUCAGUGUCUGAACAGUGUUGCCAAACGAAAGGAAGGAAAUGAGGAAGUUGUCACGUUCAAAGGAAAAUAUUGUGUGGUAGAGUUCAAGCCGCCGUUGCCAGAGAAGAAAGACGAAUAUUUUAAGCAUGGCAUAAUAGGCUUGAUAAAUGCCACAAAGUCUGCAUCCGGCUUGAUCCGUGAAUUGGCAUCUACGGCGCAUGAAUUCUACGCAGCUUCAUUACAAUUAGGCAUCUGCGUUCCUUCUGGUUGUUCACUGGAAGAUGUAAACCAAAUCGUAAAUUCUGUUGCUGCUGAAGUGGGUAUGGAUGCUCAUGCAAGCCACUGCGAAGAAAGAACCUCAAAGCCGCUGACAGUAGGAAACAUUGUUGCAAUAUCAGUGUACAGCUUGAUAGGGCUUCUGGUACUGAUAGGAAAUGUCUUGGAUUAUUAUAUUCAGAAGAAAAACAUUCAGUUAGAAA